UCGGCGUGGUAAUUCACGAGUGUUCAUUGGACGGAAAUCCAUUGCUGCCAGAAAUACAAGGCACAAACCAACACAUCCGACCUUGAACCGAAAGAGCAUCUCACGACAGCUCUGCCAAUCCAAGACAACCUCACAUCUCGAAGUCCAAUUGAUCAGCAACCAUGGCUUCCGACGCUAUCACCGAGCCGCGGCGUACGUACCGACCCGAUAAUUCAUACUCGAGCGACUUUUUCCUACCGAAUAUCGACCGCUGACUUGCUGAGCAGAAGCGACCCGCGAGGAGAUGCGCGAUGCCAAACUCCCUCUGGCCUACCGAGACAGCUGCGCUCACCUCCUGAUUCCUCUCAACAAGUGCCGACGGGAUACGUGGUAUGCCCCCUGGAAGUGCUCGGAUGAGCGACAUAGCUACGAGAAGUGCCAGUACGUCGAGUUCAAGAAGCGAGUCGCCAAGAUGGACGAGUUGAGGGAGUCGAAGGGAGGUGCACGAAGCAACUAGAGGACCAGACAAAUAUUCCCGGGUAUAGGGCCGGGCCGGAACUGUACAUUCUUACAAACAAGCCAAGCCAAUGUGUUUGACAAAGAAAACCGGAAUAGAAGAGGCAUUCCACCUGAAAUGAAACACAAUCGAGAACAAGACGAACGAGCAAGACGAAAUUGUGAAAUGAUGGCGGAGCCUACAUGGCGUGAACAACUGGAAUCGAUGGGCUAAUGGAAAUAGGCAAGCGAGGAGGUUUGGGCAGAGCCUCAUAAGAUGCUGAUGCGCACUUGCACGGCAUAAGAGAGGGACCGGCAAAGAGUGGAGGAACAGUGGGACUUGGGAGUUGAAUAGUGACAGGAAUAAGAGCACGACUUGCAACGUCGUAGGACAUCGUGGCGGAAAUACCCUGUCUGGACCGGCACAAGACGACAAAUACGCCGACGUGGUGUUGUGCCGGUUCCAAGAGGUCCAAGGGUGAAAGUUAUAUAACGAGGCCGUGAGCCACCGAGGGAUUGUGAAGUUGAGUUGGAGAUUGCCAGGCAGGUUGAGUUGUGGUGUUUUCCAUGAUUUCCUCCCAUCUGUUGCCUGGAUAUCACCAACUUUUUUGUUCUUUAGUGCGUUGACCAUCUAUCGGUAGUUGGUUUCCGCAGAGCCUCAACACCAACAUUUUCUAUCGCCAAGUUCUUAUCGAUUGCUGAUCGACAACUUGAGCCUUGACCAUGGCUUUGAGAGUCACGAUAAGAUAUGGACGACUUUUGCCGCUGUGUUUAGCCACUUGAUGUCUGAGGAAUGGUGAAACUGAUGAUCAACGCAAACACCGGAAUUCGUCGGCUCAAGAAAGACACAAGGGGAUG